UGAUGUUUAUCUGCACAUCUCUGAUUAAAGCACAGAUCUAGUUUAAACUCUCUGCCGCCUCUACAGUAGCUCCGCUGCAUUUAUAACAGGAGUGCACAUCGUACUGUAUCCUCUUGCAGCCGAGUCAUCCCGCCAUUCGGAAGCUCAAAACCGGGGUUUUAAUAAUGAUGGGACACGGAGCUCAUCCAUAUUAGAGGAGUCUUUAAUGAACUCAGACCGUAAAAGACACUCCUCCCGCUCCCGGCUGGCACCGCUCCUCUCCACUCCCGUAGCUUCCCCAGACGCUGCGCGGGAGGACACAGCCUCAUCUUUAUCAGGGUCUGCAUCGCCUUCAAGACAAAGAGAACACCGCCAAGUGAGGAUGUGCUCCACUAGCAAGAGGAGAGGCCAGUCUUAAAAGUCAUUAUUUCUGCAGCCGUGCCCGCCCGGAGGCAAGACACGGCACCGGUUCCUUGGAGACUCUUUGCGGGGAUGCGCAAAGAUGUGAGUAAAGAGCGCGGAGCAGCGUUGUGAUUGGUCAUACCCUCUCUGAAAGCAUCAGACACACGACGAGGCAUGUUUGCUCCUGCCAGAGCAGCAACGAGGUGGCAUCAAACUUGAAGGGGAGACGCGUUGUCAGAGUGCACAGUCCGUUGCGUUCGCAGCGUCAACCAUCAACUCGCAUCAUUUUCCCCCGAAGAGGCGGACGCGCUCUCCGUGGUGCUGAAACACAAACACUCCGCGGAUCAACUAGUGUAGAAGAAGAAGGUACUCUCACUCUGCCACCUGCUCCCGAGCUGCAUGCUACUUGGAACACAGCUACAGUGAGAAGUUAUUACAUUAGUGUCUGACUGUGUCCCAUCAUGCUGGGGAUGAAGUGGAAGAUGGUGGUGGACUCCCUGCGAGGACGGAGAAGGAGGCUGCCGUGUUCACUCUGGUUCCUCCUGCUGUUUGCCGCUGGAGGUCUAGUGCUCUUCAUCCACCAGCGAGAUCUGUCUGAGAUGGUCCAGCAUCAAGGCCCAGGCGUGAAGCUUGGAAGCACUCCACGGCAGUCCAGAGAGACCCUUUCAACACAAGAAAGAGAGAGAGAAAGAGGCAAAUCUGAUGGUUAUCAGGAACAUAAGGCAGCAGUGAGCAUCUUGUCCAGCCCGAUCCCUCCGAUGCAGUUCCCACACUUUGAGGAGAGCAGACAGACAGCCACCCCUGGGUCCCAGGAGCAGGACAUAGGCUCACUUCAUGUCUCCAAAAGACAGCGCAAACUGCUGAAAACAAGCCCUCCGAAUCAUCAAAACAACAGCCAUGUUUCCUCCUCGGCCUCCUCCUCUUCUUCCUCCUCAUCCUCUGUCUCCUCCUCCUCCUCCUCUUCCUCCUCUGCCUUUAUGGGCUCCUUUUCCCCUGAGAGUUGGAAAAAGCUCUCUGACAUCUUGGAAGCACGUCGACAGCUGAUGAAGGAGAUGUGUGCUAAGUACAAGAGCAGCAUCUCCAGGACCAUCACUCGUCAUCAUGUCAAACACAUCUUUGUGGAGGACAAGUACAAGUUGCUGUACUGCCAGGUUCCCAAAGCAGGCUGCUCCAACUGGAAGAGGACCCUGAUGGUGCUGGCGGGUCAGGCCCCCAACGCACAGAGCAUCAAACAUGACACAGUCCACUACGGCCACCAUCUGAAGAAGCUGGACAGCUUUGACAGACAAGGAAUCAUGCACCGUCUGGAGACCUACACCAAGGUCAUGUUUGUGCGAGAGCCGCUGGAGAGAAUGGUGUCGGCCUACAGGGACAAGUUUGAAAAUCCCAACAACUACUACCACUCCCUGUUCGGGAAACCCAUAAUCUCCAAGUAUCGCGUGAACCCAUCCUGGGCGGCUCUGAAGACAGGCAGCGGGGUCACGUUUAAGGAGUUUGUCCAGUACCUGCUUGACGUCCACCGGCCUGUGGGAAUGGACAUCCACUGGGAGCAGGCCAACCAGCUCUGCAACCCGUGUCUCAUAGACUACGACUUCAUCGGCAAGUUCGAGAACAUGGAGGAGGAGUCCAACUUUCUCUUGCGAUUGACUGGAGCGCCGUCCAACCUCACGCUGCCCACUUUUAAAGACAGGAACCCAACGGACAAGAGGACCUCUAUGCAGAUCACACAAAAAUACUUUACACAGGUCAGCACGUUGGAGAGACAGCGGGUUUACGACUUCUACUACAUGGAUUAUCUGAUGUUUAACUAUUCCAAACCUUUUAAAGAUUUAUACUGACUGACUCCCAUCGUGACGCCUGAAUCACAUUCCACUACGUCUUCAUCUCUACCUUGACAGAAAACCUUAACAUAAAGAGGCCCCACUCACACACUCAUAUGGAUCUUUGCAUCAAAGCAGAACGAUCAGAGACAGAACUUUCUCUGAAUUUCACAAAAGCUGCUUUUUACGAAAACAUUUCUACCAGAAUAUCUUCAUUUGAACCCCACUAUGAGAUGAGAUGGCUCAUGUGAUAUUGUGUAUGAAAUCCUCUAAAUUGAAUUUGAAAUGAAACUAUUUAUCCACUACAUGGUACAUGGUGAGGUAUGAUAUUAAAAUUAUAAAUGUAAUGCUUCUAAAGAAAAGUUCAUAAUUGUUCAACAGGCUUUAAAUCGUGCCUAACUGUGAGUCAGAUAGCAUUUGCAAAUGAUUCAUCAAAGUCCCCACAUCGGAGGGGUUUGAUAAAGGUUCUAAUCGUUUUUUCUUCAUUUAGAACUGAUUUCAGUAUUUCCACCUACAGUCAUAUGAAUCACACCAAAAUGUUAGAUUUUUUGAUGCAUGAGUUUGUGAUCGAGUUAUUAUCAUGGCCAUGAGCUAUAGACUCAACGUUAGAAUGACUGAAUUAGAAAUAUUUGCAAUUACUAUUUGACUCUGAAGGUCAGGCAUCUGUUUACCUCUAUACAACGCAUACUAACAAAUAUAUUUUGUGUAAAAGGUUUUUAACAAGAACCAUAACAAACGGAAAAUACAUUAUAAAUCUUUCAAAUGUGUCAAGUGCUGCCCACUUGUAAGCUGUGUGCACUUAUUGUAGCAUUUUUGUACUUCUAACUUUGACGGUUCGGUUUGUGCUUUAGUCUAACACAUGUGCUGAAGGUCCCACAUCACAUGAGGUAUACUAUACACACGGGUGGGCUGAUGUUAGAAACAGGAAGUCAAGGUUCUUGCAAGGUGAAAAUAUGGGGUGAAAAUAUCUUCUGAUGCCUGUCAGUGUUCCUGACUUAAAAAAUAUUCAAUUUUCAGAUUUAGUUAACAGUAUUGCCGGGCAAAAGGAUGACAUUCACAAGAGCAAAAAUCAAGCAGAAAAAAGGUUGUAAAAAAAAAUUCUGACUGGUUUUCAUGUCGGUUUAAAAAUGCAUUUUUGAGCAAAAUGAGAUAAUAAAGAAAAAAAAAGGGCAUGCCCAAACUUCUCCAUCCAUCACACUAACCAACCCUGAACAGCCAUCACUCAACAACACGCUCAUGUACGUAACCUACAGUAACUCUCUGUAUGUAACGCAUCUAUUGUACACCACCUUAUAGGCUUUUUCUGACACUACUGUGUAAAAUUGUAUAAUGGGCAUUCAGAUGAUUAUAUAUUUUUCUAUGUAUUUCUAAAAUCUAUAUAUUUAGUGCUUCUUGGUGAAGGUAUGUCUAUUUCUCUUUUUGAUGUCAUUAAUUGUUCUUUCAGUAAUAGCAGUGUAGAGUGUUGUGUAACAGAAGAGUUUCUUUCCAAAACUAAGUAUCCACCAGCUGAAAACCACAAGUCUAACUCUCAAGACGCUCAAUGACUGCAAACAUGUGCGCUUUCAUUCAUAUGACUCGGUGCUUUGGAGGUACUAAAGAGUUUUUGUCCCUUUUUUUUUUUUUUUUUUUUUAGAAAAACUUUUGGAAACUAGCUCUUUCUUUCUUAUCCCAACCUGUUUGGACUCUAUAGACCCUGUACAGAUGAGCUGCAUUCCACCUAUUUACAGUACCCAUCCUGGCUAACGACAUUUCUACCCACGGCUACUCCACUGUGCGUGUGUUUGUGUGUGUGAGAGAGAGAUACUGAAAGAGUUGUCCAGUUGUUUUUAAACUGUUGUCCUGCAUCUUUUGGGAUCAUAUUAUAUAUUGCACACUGCUACAAGACGCUCACUUAAGAUGCUUUAUCAUGCGUUUAACAUUAUUAGACUGCUAUAUUGCUAACACACCAUCCAGCUUGCACUAAAGUCAUUUUUAUAUCAGCACACCUGUGGAAACUGCACAUUCAUUUUACCAUGAGAAAUCUAUUACACCCCUGUAUAAAAUAAGACAUGUCUAGACUUUUAAUGUGAGGCAAAAGGAAACAGAAGAAGUCAUUGAAUAAUCAUGUGGUGUCAUUGACUGAAUGGAGACGUGAGCUAACACAAUUUGAGUUUCUAGCUCCUUUUUAAAAAGUCUAAGUUUGCUGUAGGCUUCUUUAAAUAAACAAAGUAAAACACAGUGAAAAUUAAACCACGAUAGAAAGGUCGGUCUUUAUCCAAAGAGGGUGACGGUAUAUAUUUCAAAUAAAAACACAACAACAAGCUUUUCAUUAUACCACCUGGUGGCUACUGUCCUCUGACGACAAAUGCUGUUACUAUGUUGUACACUCACUGCUGUUUGCAAAAAUCAUAAGCAGAGGGAUCCUGAAAAAAAUCAUUCAUUUUUUAACCCCUUUUGGAUCAGCAACUGAAAGCACAACGAAAAGAGCAAAUCCAGAAGAACACGAGGCCAUAUUUAAAGUAAAAACAACACACUCGUUAGCGUAGCUCAACAUUAGCACACAACACUGACGUUAGCUGGCCAACAUGACUGCUGGCUAACACAGUUGCCAGGAUGUAUCCAGUUUUAAUUGUGUAUUAUUUUACUAUCAAAAGUUAUAGUUAGCAAGAAAGAGGUUGAAUGCUAAUGUUAGCUUUUGUCAAGAUUGGAAAUAUAAGUGCACUUGCACAAAACUGCUGAAAAGUGUGUUCAUGUGUGAACACAAACAGCGCAAUUUUUUACUCUGACUUUAUCAGAGUUAUUGAACUGUUGCAGAGCAACCCAAACAUACUCCUGCACUCUCCUGCUCUUAUUGUGUCCAUGGUUACCACAGAGCCGCUACUUGGUUUUGUGUAAAUGUGUAUUUUUGUUUUAAUUUAUUGUGCAAGCAGGGAAAUCAGAGUGUGUUUUUCUGUGGCUGGUUGAUGUAAAACAGCUGGCAAUAUAAAAAAAAAACUGUCUGCUUUAAUGUUAACUGUUUUCAGAGCACCUGGCCGAGGUGCCAGGAAUGAAACCUAUUUUAAAAUAGGUAUAGGUCCCAGUGAUGUUCUCCAUACCAAAAUUCAUAAAAUGCCUCUCCUCCAAUCAGACUACUCGAUCAGAACUCUAAUAAUUACCUUGACAUAUGGCCGGUUGUCUUCUGGAUUUUCUACUCUCAAAUCUCUUUUUCCAGUUGCUCAUCAAUAUGGACGUAGUAAGGUAAAACCUGUUAGCUGUUGCUAUUUUUAUAGAGUUUGCCGACCUCGUACACAAUAGUAUGACAUUAUGAUGGCAUUUGGCUUUCAUACCCUAAGCAUGUUGUCACCGGAAAAUAGCCGACAUGUAAUGAUGAACUGUGAUUUCAGGAACAACCCAAACAGUCCUCUUUAAAGUAGCAGUUACUGUGUGAGCUUUGCAGCUAAUUGGAAAUUGUGUUUUAUAAAAUAACGACACAUACUCACCUAUGAAUCAAUGGUAUACUAUGAUAUACAAAUCUAUACACACUAUAAUCAACUUAUGAAGGUCUUUAACAACUUUGGUGGUAUAACCCUUUCACGGUGAUGGUAUCUGUAUGAGCUAUUGUCAGUAUAGUGCGUUGGCUUCUGCUAUUCCAAAAGUUAAUCUUUGUUUAGGUUGUGGUCAGAUUCUGUGUAAGUUAGCUCUGACCAACACAGCUGCUGCAUUAUAAUGAGUACUAAUCUUGCAGAUACUCUUGUCAGCCCCUGCUCCCUGCUAAUGAAUUGUUCUCGGUAUGUGGGUGUAAGGACAGAUUAAUCAAAAGCGUAACUACAGUAACAAGUGAAUGUAUAACUGUUAAUCGUUGGUGCAAAAGUGUAAAAAAAAAUAUGAUCUAAAGCCCUUUGCCUUAUUUUACACUGCCAAUCAAAUGGUGUAUUUCAGGAAGACAUUCUUCAGGUGGUUAUCAUUUCUGGCUGAUGAGUGUCUACUAAUAAAUUGUCUUUAGCAUUUUCGA